AAUAGGUUCCACGGUUCCACCGACCCCCUCCCCUGUUUAGCUUCCCAUUGCAUGGGUAAUGGGUUUAAUGUGUUGUCUUGGUUGAGUGUCCUCUUUAUUUCAAGUUUUGAGUUUCUACUUUCUUUCAUUCUACUCUACUAAAACUAUAAGAGUAUAAGGGGGUUUGUGAAUGGCGGAUAAGAUUGUGAUCGAGAGACAGAGUGCUGCUACAGCUAUGAACAAUAUCAAUAUGCUUGAGAAGAAGAAGGAGGAUCAUAUUCGUGUCAAGUUUGUUAAUCAGUUGAAUGAAGAAACGUACUUCAAAGUGUUGCCUAGUUCAAAUAUAGGCAAAGCUUUUAAAGCGUACUGUCAACACCACAAUUUGAAUCAUCAAGUUGCCUUCACCUACAAUGGCGAUCGUGUUAAUCCUAGACUCACCUAUCAAGAUCUAGAUAUAGAGGAUGGAGCUGAAUUUGACGUCUUCACCCAUGUUGGUGGUGGUGCUGCUGCCUAAGUCCUAACUGCUUUUGUCUGCUUUGAUCCAUCUUUUAAGGUUUUCCCAAUUAUAUUUUGGGUUUUUUCCCUUCCUUUAGCCUUUAUGUGUUGCACCAAUAUUAUUAUCGCUCCUUAUGUAGACUGUAGAGUGUAGACCAAAUUAUGUAAAGUGCAAAAUACCAUUGGCUGCCUUCUAUAAUUACUAGCAUAAUUAUGUUCA